GAGACGUGCGCAGUCAUGCCUGAUCCGUCCAAAUCAGCUCCUGCUCCCAAGAAGGGCUCCAAAAAGGCCGUUACGAAGGUUCAGAAGAAGGACGGGAAGAAGCGCAAGCGCAGCCGCAAGGAGAGCUACUCCAUCUACGUGUAUAAGGUGCUGAAGCAGGUGCACCCAGACACCGGUAUCUCGUCCAAGGCCAUGGGCAUCAUGAACUCCUUCGUCAACGACAUCUUCGAGCGCAUCGCCAGCGAGGCCUCCCGCCUGGCGCACUACAACAAGCGCUCGACCAUCACGUCUCGGGAGGUGCAGACGGCCGUGCGCCUGCUGCUGCCCGGGGAGCUGGCCAAGCACGCCGUGUCCGAAGGCACGAAGGCCGUCACCAAGUACACCAGCUCCAAGUGAGGCGACCCCAACGCCCCGACCCCAAAGGCUCUUUUCAGAGCCACCCACACCAUCGAGAAAGGGUUUCCAACACGGUUCGGGGUUGCGUAACCGCUUGUGUCUGUUUGCACCACAAGGGUUUUCUAGUUGCUGGGUGCGGCCCGGCCUGCGUGGCGCGCGGGUGAGUGGGUGUGUGCGCGUGUGUGAGCAGAACGGAAGAAAACAACUGUUCGUGAGCAGAAACCUGCGCUGAAAGUGGUAGGGGCGGGAGCCGAGCCAGGGCCACUGUGUUCACUCUCGCCUCUGCCCGGGGUCGUUAACGUACCAAGGGAUAAACGGGGAGCUUUUGGCUCCAAAAGCCCUUCCGUGGCUAAAGGGCGCAUUCCAGGGUCCCGCUCACGUAGACGCAGUCCAGGGCCGGGUACGGUUGAGUGUGGCGUGCGUCUUGCAAGUGGGGCGCGGUCACCUCCCUCAGUAGGACCUUGUGCCCUACACUCCUACCCUCCCAUGUCCCACUCCCUCUCGUGAGUGAGGUCCGGUGCACUAAACCACGAGUUUAGUGGAGUUCCAGGUGUUGUCGCGCUGUCCUGGCGGUGACGUCUGGCUCAGCAUUUCCUUACGACCUUUCCAUGCCUACCUGGACCAAAAAGACAUCUUUAAGCGAUGAACGUACUGGGGGGCUGUUUGCUUGGCAAGAUCCCGCAAAGGCGAAACAUUUGCGACCGGAAGGGCAAGCGCGGUGACAACGCAGCACUCUGCGCGGGGGCCGAAGUCGAAAGCGACCCAGCUGCAAGUAGUUUUAUUCCUUCUGCGGGGGUGGGUGGGGGAGUGUCAAUUUAAGAGGAAAAGAAUUUCCCUUUUUGAACAAAUGCUACUUCUCUUUUCAGUCUCAUUGAUUUUUUUUUUCUAUGAAGCGUUAGUGACACAAUAACCCUUUUCUUCCCCGAAUUUAUGGCAUUUAUUUGGAGAGUGCCAUUCUGGUUCAGGACAGCGAAGAGUCUUUAUUCUGGAAAGGACAUCGUUUACCUUUUGAUCGGCUUGGCUCUUAUUUAUAAAAAGGGGAUUCCUAAUGGAUUACUUCCUUGAACCGUUAUGAGAAUAGGAGUGUGGAGAGUUUGUGUCGCCUCCGGCAAGAAUUUAAAAAUUCGAUCAAUUUCAAUAAGAGAGAGUUAUUUCCCCUCCCCUCCAAUCAUCUGUGCAAAGGGAGCCGGUUGCAGGCCCAGGCUGGGGCGGGCGGGGCUCGGGGAGGAAACGUCACCACCACAAUGACUGCGUCAGUCCUCCUGAGCCCUUUUUUUUUCUUCUCCCUGCGUGGGUCCACUGUAAGAGUUUUUGAAACCUUCACAUGUUUUAAGAUUGACAUGUAAAAUAUUUUAAUCAAUAACUUCAAAUAACUGCAAAGAUACAUAUCCCAAGUAGGAGGUUUUAAAAGACAAUUGUCACAUCAUCAGUCUUUUAAAGGUACUUAUUGGAAAGUCAAUUUGCUGGCGUAAUCAAAUGAUAAAAUUUAUGAUCAUUGUUUAAUAGAUAUUUACAUGAUUCUUUUUAUCUCCUUGAACUCAUAUUUUCAUUCUUUUGCUGCCCCAGAAUUUUAUCUUAUGUAAUAUAUUUUGUAUGUUUAAUACUGUUGUAUCUAUCACCCUUCUCUACAAAAAAAAAAAUAUGAAAUUUAAACAUC